UUUAUGUUGACUCCUACUUAUGAGGACAGUGACCACAGUGAACCAGAACCAGACAGUGACCAGCAGCUCCUCUUUCACAGCUCUCCUGUAGCUGAGAGCCAGGAUCAGAAAGGAAACCAACAUGUAGACUCAGUAUCAACCAGUCACAGUAGCAAUGUGGACAACUCUCCCAUGUCACAGACUGACUCUGAUCCUACCACAGGUAACAAGUCCUUCAAAUGUGACACCUGUGGGAAAGAUUUUACGUUUAAGUCCGAUUUGAACCGACAUUUGACAGUCCACAUGGGUGAGAAGCCAUAUUCUUGUGAAACAUGUGGGAAGAGUUUCACUCGUUAUAAUACCUUGUUGGCACAUAUGAGAAUCCACACAGGUGAGAAGCCAUAUUCUUGCAAAACAUGUGGGAAGAGUUUCAGACACAGAAGUGGCUUGCAGGUCCACAUUAGAAUCCACACAGGUGAGAAGCCAUAUUUUUGCAAAACAUGUGGGAAGAGUUUCAGACAUAUAGCUGGCUUGCAGCGCCACAUGAGAAUCCACACAGGUGAGAGACCAUAUUUUUGCAAAACAUGUGGGAAGAGUUUCAGACAUAGAGAUGUCUUGCAGCGCCACAUGAGAAUCCACACAGGUGAGAAGCCAUAUUUUUGCAAAACAUGUGGGAAGAUUUUCAGACAAACAAGUGACUUGCAGCUCCACAUGAGAAACCACACAGGUGAGAGACCAUUUGUUUGCAACACUUGUGGCAAAGGAUUCAAGCAGAGCUCACAAAUGACUGCUCAUUUAAGAAUCCACACAGGUGAAAAGCCAUAUUCUUGUAAAACAUGUGGGAAGAGUUGCACACAAAGAGGUAACUUGCGUGUCCACAUGAAAAUUCACACAGAUGAGAGGCCUUAUGUUUGCAACACCUGUGGGAAACGUUUCAAGCAGAGCUCACAACUGGAUGCUCAUUCAAAGAUUCACACAGGUGAGAAGCCAGGAUUAAUCCCGGCCGGCAAUCGGGCGAAGGCAGGGUACACCCUCUUCGUACUCACUCUAGUGCACUGA